GAUAUCAUGGAUUGUAUUGCCAGUAUGUGUCACUGAAAAAAUACUGCCUAUUUAACUAUGAAAAGUCAUCGCUUGACACAUCCUGAUUUUAACAAGGUCAAACUGAGAAGACUUAUAAAGAUGUGUCCUAAAAUAUACGAAAUAGGGGCUGUUUAAAUUAGUAUCUACCUGGUAACAGCUAUAAAAAGGUCAAAGUCUCAAAACUGCUAAAGUGGAACAUACACAUCAGACAGUGACCUCAUUCAGGAUGGAAGCCAGUUUUUAUAUUCGUAUGUAACGCAAUCAUAGUGGUCAGAAAAUCAGUUCUGAAGGCCUUGAACUUACAAGCUUUGUCAGCCAUUGAGAAUCUUCCGCUGGAGGAGAGACUUGAACUGGGGACUGCCCUUCAGGUCGAUGAAGAAACACCAGUCCAGCCCCCGCCCUUCACAGGUCGCUGUGCUAGCCUCCGCUCCCCCGCCCCCAAAAGAAACAAGGAUUGAAUCGGCUUGGCAUUUGAAGGCGGCUGUGUAAAUUCCCAGCAGGUUCUUUUGGAGAGACCUUAAGUGCACCUGAAGGCCUCCUCAUCAGCACCGUCUGAUCCUUGCCUGGCCUGUCUCCUUUCUUCCUCUUCGGGCUUUCAUAGGAAAAUGAAGCCUCCCUUCACUGGGCUCACUCUUACAAAGGUUACUCUGAGUCAUGGUUAACCAGCAGUCAGGAUGCCAGAACUGAGUAACCCCACUGGAAUUUGGCCUGUGGCUACUGUUAUUGCCCCAGGUCAUUUAAAUGACAACUCCCUCCCAGAAUCCGGACUGUUACUUUUUGCCAUGGGGAGACCUCGGUGGCUUUCCAGUUUCUGAGUCAGCAAGGUGGUCAGGGGCCUGGUUCUGCCCUUUCCCUCGAGGUGAGGGUGCUUGUUUGAAGCAUGCUGUCUCCUGCCCCAGAGGAGCCACUGCUGCUGGCCGAACUCAAGCCCGGGCGCCCCCAUCAGUUUGAUUGGAAGUCAAGCUGUGAAACGUGGAGCGUUGCCUUCUCUCCGGAUGGUUCCUGGUUCGCCUGGUCUCAAGGACACUGCAUUGUCAAGCUGAUCCCCUGGCCGCUGGAGGAGCAGUUCAUCCCUAAAGGGUUCGAAGCCAAAAGCCGAAGCAGGAAAAAUGAUACAAAAGGGCGAGGCAGCCCAAAGGAGAAGACGCUGGACUGUGGGCAGAUUGUCUGGGGCUUGGCCUUCAGCCCAUGGCCUUCUCCACCCAGCAGGAAGCUCUGGGCACGCCACCAUCCCCAGGUGCCAGACGUCUCUUGCCUGAUCCUUGCUACAGGGCUCAACGAUGGGCAGAUCAAGAUUUGGGAGGUACAGACAGGGCUCCUGCUUUUGAAUCUGUCUGGCCACCAAGACGUCGUGAGAGAUCUGAGCUUCACACCCAGUGGCAGUUUGAUUUUGGUUUCUGCAUCCCGAGAUAAGACUCUUCGCAUCUGGGACCUGAAUAAACAUGGUAAACAGAUUCAAGUGUUAUCGGGCCACCUGCAGUGGGUUUACUGCUGCUCCAUCUCGCCAGACUGCAGCAUGCUGUGUUCUGCAGCUGGGGAGAAGUCGGUCUUCCUGUGGAGCAUGCGGUCCUACACAUUAAUCCGGAAGCUGGAGGGCCACCAAAGCAGCGUGGUCUCUUGUGACUUCUCCCCCGACUCUGCCUUGCUCGUCACGGCUUCUUACGAUACCAAUGUGAUCAUGUGGGACCCCUACACUGGCGAGCGGCUGCGGUCACUCCACCACACCCAGCUCAACCCCCCCAUGGAUGACAGCGAUGUCCACAUCAGCUCCCUGAGAUCUGUGUGCUUCUCCCCCGAAGGCUUGUACCUCGCCACAGUAGCGGAUGACAGGCUCCUCAGGAUCUGGGCCCUGGAACUGAAAACUCCAAUUGCGUUUGCUCCUAUGACCAAUGGUCUUUGCUGCACAUUUUUUCCACAUGGUGGAGUUAUUGCCACGGGGACAAGGGAUGGCCACGUCCAGUUCUGGACGGCUCCUCGGGUCCUGUCAUCACUGAAGCACUUAUGCCGGAAAGCCCUUCGAAGUUUCCUAACAACGUACCAAGUGCUAGCACUGCCAAUCCCUAAGAAAAUGAAAGAGUUCCUCACGUACAGGACUUUUUAAGCCAGUCUCCGUAGUCUUACUUGUUUCCUCUGUAGCAGGAUAAAUCUUCCUGACAGGUAGCUGGAGUAAUGGGCCAAACAUCUGGUCUUGGAUUGAGAUAGAAUUUCUCUUUGGGAUUGUGAACAGAAUGUAGCAAAACCAGAUUCCAGUGGCCUCGCCAGGGGUCUCUUCCCCAUGACGUGUGAGGGUCAGUCGUAGAAGAGGGAUUCCACUUCCGCAGUGACGGAGCCUGACCUUAACCUUCAGUCCACUUACGCACAGCAGUGCUGGACCCUCUCUGGUCAUUUUGAUUCCAAGAAGUUUCCACUCCCUCGACUGGAGUGUGGCUUCUGCUGGGUGUCCGUCGUUGAUCCAGAUGCAGAGGAGGUGUUGGUGAAAGUUCUCUCCUGCUGGUCAGCGUCGCUUUGAUGUGGGCAAGGGCUUUCCUUCCUCUGACCCACAGGACAGUUUUCACAGAGCCGUCUAGUGUGAGAUAUUACUUAGCUUAACUAAAGUCCAGGUGACUCAGAGGCCGUGCUCCUGAUACAGACACUAGACUUGGCUUUUUUUUUUUUUUAAGAAACAACGGUGUGCAUGUGCCGGAGGCCAGAUUUGUGUGUCAUGUUACACGGGACGUAUUCCUCAACUGCAUGACUGUAUCAGUGGCUACUGAGUUAUCUGUCAGUUGUUCGCCAGUUAGCGUAUUUAUUUGUAUUUUCUCAACAGAUGUUAAGGUACAACUGUGUUUCUCUCAAUGGUAUCUAAAAACCAUAGUACUUAAUUCCAA